AUGGAAACCCCAAAGCUGGCAUCCGCCUAUACACCGGCUCAAUUAACAAAGUAUCUGAGCUACAUCACUCUACCACACCAAUAUGCACAAUAUAUCAACUCACCAGAAUCGUUUCCCAAAACCGAAGAAGCCCUGAAAGACCUCUUCCGGUGUCAAAUCACCCGUUUUCCAUACGACAACCUGACAUGUCACUAUUCUGCUACGCAACUAGCAGAGAUCCAUCCGAACAAGAUAUAUACUAAAGUUAUGGGUAGCGACAACACAGCCCCGUCUUGCCGAGGAGGCUACUGCCUGGAAGUGAGCAUUUUCUUCCACCACGUCCUCCGCGGCCUAGGAUUCUCAGUGUACAUGACGGGCGUUCGGAACCGGCUACGGAUAGAUGGCAUACCGCAAGGGGAAUUCAAAGGAUGGACACACAUCGUCAACAUCAUCCGUCUAUCUAGUGGAGUAGAGUAUCAUCUGGACGCGGCAUUCGGCGGAGACGGGCCAACGAGCCCUCUACCGCUGAUCUCGGGACAGAUAACGAAGAAUCUGGGCUCCCAGGAAGUGCGAUUGAUUUACGACAAUAUGCCGAAACAGACGCGGAAAGAGCAGAAGGUUUGGAUUUACCAAUAUCGUAAUGGUGCGGACAGGCCAUGGAAUUCGUUCUAUGCGUUUGCGGAGCUGGAGUUCUUUCAGGAUGAUUUCGAAGUGAUCAAUCGAUUUACGAGUUGGGAAGCUGUGGAAAAACGCAAUUUCGUAGUAGUUAAGUUCAUUCGAAAUGGGGAGACGGCGGGAUUGCCUUUGUUGGAGGAAGAGGUGUUGGAAAAGACGGAUGAUGUUUUUAUUGCCGGGAAGCUUAUGAUGGCCAACAAUGUUAUCAAGUUGAAUAUGGGUGGUAGGACUAGGAUCAUUGAUUCAUUUGAAACCGAGGAGGGGAGAUUUGAAGCGUUGAAGAAGUGGUUUUCUAUUCAUUUGUGA